UCCUUCCCCUUCCGCAAAAAAAGCGCCUGGAAGAGAGGCUGCCUGCUGUUUUGUCACCGCUCAACUCCGCCCCGCCCAACUUGGGCGAAGAAGGAAGAGGCAAUCCAGGCACGUUGCGCGCAAGGGCGCUUUCCUCGGGGAGGAAGCGGGGCUUGGAAAAUCUCCCCCCACCCCCCGGCGCCCAGUCGGCGAGAUUCCCCCUCGGGGAGGCGACCAGGUUGAGGAUUUAAUUUUUAUGACUUGCUGGACUGCCUCAUAACCUGCAAACAUGUCAUUAGAGGAUAUCCAGAUGAACUCUGCAGACUUUUUGGAAAAAGCACAACUGGACGCAGGUGGAUUUGGGAUGGUUUCCUUAUGCUAUCACAAGGAACAUGGGCUCGUGGUGCUAAAAACAGUAUACACCGGACCUAAGCGCACAGAAGGUAACGUUUCCCUUCUUGAAGAAGGCAAAAUUAUGCAAAAACUAAAUCAUGACCGUGUGGUGAAGCUACUGGGUAUCAUUCUGGAAGAUGGUAAUUACUCCCUUGUAAUGGAAUAUAUGCACAAAGGGAACCUGAUGAAAGUUCUGAAGGCAACUGAAAUUCCCUUGGCUGUGAAAGGGAGGUUCAUCCUAGAGAUAAUUGAAGGAAUGCUUUACUUAAGUGAACAAGGUUUAGUGCACAAAGACCUAAAGCCAGAAAAUAUCCUUGUAGAUGAAGACUUUCACAUCAAGAUAGCAGACCUUGGAGUAGCCUGCUUCAGAAACUGGAGCCGGCUGACUAAAGAGGAGACCAGCCGACAAAGGAAGCUCAGGUGCAGCACCAAGAGCAACGCAGGAACCCUUUUCUACAUGGCUCCUGAGCACUUACAGUCCAUUAACAGCACGCAUGUGGAAAAAUCAGACGUUUACAGCUUUGGCAUAGUAUUAUGGGCUAUUUUUGCUAAUAAAGAACCAUAUGAGAAUGCUACAAAUGACCAGCACGUAUAUUUCUGCGUUAUGCAAGGGAACAGGCCACUCGUAGAAGAAAUUAUGGAAAGUUGUCCAGAAAAGAUAAUUUCUUUAAUGAAACGUUCUUGGAGUCAAAUUCCAGAGGAUCGGCCAACCUUUGCAGAAAUCAGUAUGGAUUACAAGCCAUUUUACCACCAGCACUUUGAAAAAUAUGUAGAAGGUGAUGUGGAAAAAAUAAAAGAAGUAUACCCUGAGCCAGCUGAACUUGUCAAAAGGAUGCAGUCUCUCCAAGUAGAUGCGGUAGCAGAACCACCAAGUAGCAAUUAUUUGCCCAGUUCUCUGCACAGUUCCCAGCAUCUUGCAGCCAACACUGUGGAUGAAGCCUUGUUUGCAGCGUGUUCAGAAAACGAACCCAUAGAGAGUUGUGAAACCUCCUUUGAGCCUCAUUCCGUGAGCCUGGACAGGAAACUGCAAGAGGAACUGAACUACCACAUGUAUGGCAGCAGGAUGGACAAAGUGGAAAGCCCUUCCGUGGCCUACAGUGCUGAAAUGCAAGAGGAGGAGAGGAGGAGGAGGGUUUCUCAUGACCCAUUUGCAAAGGCACCUGCUUCCCCACGAGUACGAGAGUCAUAUUUGAGAGCUGAAAACCCCAGAUCAAAUGUCACUCAGAAUUUGAUCAACAAUCCUGGAAUACCCCUUUACGGUUAUCUGAGGCAACGGUUACAGGGCGGAGCACCACCAGCAAGACAGAACAUACCAUACAGUCCAAAUAAUUCGUAUGGGGUGAGGUUUCCGGAAUUCAGAGCAUCCAUGAGUGCAGAGGAUAUGUAUACAUCACAUUCGGCUAAUACUGUUAACUUCAGUAAACCACCUGUGCCAGAAUCCGGUGCAGAUCAUCAAUCAAGCCUCUCAGCUGCUCGGGAAUAUUUUGUAAAAGGAAAGAGAACAUGCUCAGAUCCAGAGGAGUUUAAUCCUUCUAUGAAGGCAAACUUUGCGCAGACGACUGCUACACACAGAAAAAGCACAGACGAAUCUGCACAGUACAACAUAGUUAACAGCUGUGGAAUUCAAAUAGGGCCAAACAACUUUAUGGCAAUAAGUGAUCAGAAUUUCCACAUAGGCAGUCAUCCCACAAAUAGUUCUAACGUUAGUGCAGAUUACCGGAAACUGUUUGAUAGCACAGCAGUCAUUUCUGAUGUACACCUGAACCUUGUGAGAGAAAACUUGGCUAAACAGUGGAAACAUUGUGCCCGUAAGCUUGGCUUCAGAGACCCUGAACUGGAUGAAAUUGAUCAUGACUAUGAACGAGAUGGAUUGAAAGAAAAGGUUUAUCAGAUGUUACAGAAGUGGCAGAUGAAAGAAGGCAGCAAAGGGACAACAGUAGGAAAGCUGGCAAAAGCUCUCUUUGCUUGCAAAAGGAUCGACCUCCUUAACAACUUUGUAAAAAUAAGCCAGGAUUCUGAAAUGAGUAACUAAUGAAGAACAGAAGAACUUUGCUAUCUUGGAAGACGUUUUCUACAGGAAAUGUAUUUUGCUUUACAGUUACAAAUAUCUCAGGGCUGCUGGAAGAAGACAUUUAGUACAAGCAGAAAAAGACGGAUUUUUGUUAAUCACAUUUCUAUUUUAAUAGCUGUCACAUCUUGCUGAACAAUGCCAAGAAACGUAAAGGACUGGAAUUGGUGUUUUUAGAAUAAACUGCCAGAUUGUGAAUAUAUUUGUAUAAUUUUAAUUAAAAAAUGGACAUAA